CCUGCGCCUGGCCAUAAGUUAAUAUUUGUAAAAUGCCUAGAAUAGUAACUCGCAUAUACUAAGCUCUACAUAAAUUUUUUUAAUAAAAUAAAAAAAUCAUUCUAGCUGCUGGGUUGAAAAUAGCAGUAGAUAUGCAAAUGUGGAAGAAGGGUAGCCAGGUAUAAGACAACUAUAAAAAUCCCAAGGAGAAAUGGUAACAAGAACCAUUUCUUAGAAUAAUAGCUAAUAGAAGUAAUGGCAGUAAAGGUGGUGAAAAGGGGCAGAAGAAAAAAAGAAGAGAGAAGAAAUCAGGGAUGACAGUAGGCGCCUUGUCCAGCCACAAAGGUGGCAAGAAGCCCCUGAAACAGCCCAAGAAGGAGGCCAAGGAGAUGGACGAGGAAGAGAAGGCUUUCAAGCAGAAACAAAAAGAGGAGCAAAAGAAACUCGAGGAGCUAAAAGCGAAGGCUGCGGGGAAGGGGCCCCUGGCCACAGGUGAAAUUAAGAAAUCUGGCAAAAAGUAAGCUGUUCCUUGUGCCUGAGGAGAUGAUGACCCUUUAUUUCAUCCGUAUUUAAACAUCUGUAUUCCCUGCCAUAACAUCUUUUACCACCAAUAGCAGGAAUUAAGUGUUGUUUUGGAGGUGCUAUACAUUUAAGAAUUAACCUUUGUUAAAAAAAAAAAAAAAAAGAAGAAGAAGAAGAAGAAAAAGAGAACAGGGAUGACUCUUAAAAGUUUUGGGCCUGAGUAACUAGAACCACUAUCAAGAUAAUGAGGACUGGGCUUGGAUCAGAUCAGAUUUAGGGCCUAAAAGAUAUCCAUGCUAUCAUAAAAGUUAAUUAAACAGUCACUGAGCUACGUAAGGCAUUGAACUAGGCACUGAGAGAAUAUGUUAAAAACAAAAUCCGGCUGGGCAUGCUGGCUCACACCUGUAAUCCCAGCACUUUGGGAGGCCGAGAACGGAUCACAAGGUCAGGAGUUCAAGACCAGCCUGCCCGACAUGGUGAAAUCCCGUCUCUACUAAAAAUACAAAAAAUUAGCUGGUCAUGGUGGCGGGCGCCUGUAAUCCCAGCUACUCGGGAGGCUGAGGCAGGAGAAUUUCUUGAACCCGGGAGGCA